AUGCCUUCAACUGAACCACACAAACGCCUAGCCAACAAAAGGAAAAUUUCAAAUCAUCUAUCUUUAUCCAGAAAAAAAGCGAAACAUCAGCACCGCACGGCCGAUGAAUUGCCCUGGAAGACAGUUUCAAGGCCCUCGAAAACUGGGCUUGGGGGCGACGAUGGCAUACUUGAGCUUGAGGAGGUGGAAGGCGUCGAGGUUAUAUACGAGAAUACAGAGGGAGGGAGGGUCGCAAAGUUCAACGUCGUCGGGGAUGUUGCAUCAGAGAAUGAGGAGCCCAAUGAAAAUCAACAGAAUCAUUACGAUACCCCCGCUGCUGUAGAGGAAGAAGACGAACCCAUAUCUUUUGAAGAUUUACCUCCUUUCGAUUCUGAAAAGUUAUUACCAGAAUGGCACAAAUUCCCUUUACAUCAGAAAAUCAAGAUGGGUCUGCAUAAAAAAGGUUUCCUCACACCCACAGCUAUUCAAUCUGCAUCGCUUCCUUUUGCACUUGCCAAUCGGGAUGUUGUAGGAAUCGCACAGACGGGUUCUGGAAAGACUUUGGCGUACGGCCUCCCUAUUCUUAACUACAUUCUAUCACAACCUCGUCCAUCGGCGAACCGAAAGCGACCUCUUCGUGCACUCAUCUUAGCUCCUACGCGCGAAUUGGCUUUGCAAGUAUCUUCUCACUUAAAUGCAUUAGUCACUUGUAUCGAAUUCUCAAAUAAAGGCUCGGAUGUGAAGAAUACCGAGCAAUCAGGAAGUUCGAGCAAACCGCCUGGCAAAAAACCUCCACCCCACGUCAGCAUUGCUGCCAUCGUUGGAGGAAUGUCCGCACAGAAACAGAGGCGGGUGAUUGAUAGGGGAGUUGACGUUAUGGUCGCUACACCCGGACGUUUAUGGGACAUUUUAGAAGACGACGAUGAGCUCGCGUUGGAAAUCAAAAACCUUAGAUUCUUGGUACUGGAUGAAGCUGAUAGGAUGAUAGAGGCUGGCCAUUUCGUGGAGCUAGAAAACAUCCUCCGUUUGACUUUGCAGGAAUCUGAAGAUGAUCAAAUCCCUGACGAGUUUGAACAAAAGAUCGGCGAUCCUGAAGAACAGGAAGAGGACGCAAAAAAGGACAUCAAGGAUAGCCUACAAACCUUCGUUUUCUCUGCUACCCUGUCAAAAGACCUUCAGCGGAAUGUGAAGAAAAAGUUCCGACCCAAAGGGAACAAGAAACACUACAAACGAGAUCAAGCCCCGGCUACUACCCUAGAUGACCUUUUACUUCGACUUGAUUUCCGCGAUCCGAACCCGGAGGUCAUCGAUUUGAGCCCCGUUGGUGGUGUUGUAUCAACUUUACAAGAAGGAAAGAUUGAAUGUUUAUCGGCUGAUAAGGAUGUAUACCUGUAUUAUUUUCUUUUGCGCUAUCCUGGCAAAUCCCUGGUGUUCCUUUCUUCAAUCGAUGGCAUCCGAAGGCUCAUGCCUCUCGUCGAACUCCUUAACAUCAAUGUCUAUCCUCUUCAUUCUCAACUGGAACAGCGCCAACGUUUGAAAAAUUUGGACAGAUUCACGAACACGCCGAACUCAGUUCUGCUCGCGACGGAUAUCGCUGCGCGCGGACUUGAUAUCCCGGCAGUUGAUCAUGUUAUUCACUUCCAAAUACCGCGGUCUGCAGAUACAUACAUUCAUCGUAAUGGACGCACGGCUCGUGCUAUGCGGAAGGGCUUUAGUAUGUUGAUGGUUUCCCCGGAUGAACGGCGUGUAGUACGGGCUCUUCUGAGCAACCUAGGUCGAGAUGAGGCGGAGAUACCUGAAGUCACCGUCGACUUGAGCAUGCUAGACAAACUCAAAGUUCGCGUCCAAUUAGCUCGAAAGAUUGAGAAUACCCAGCACAAAAUCAAAAAGACGAACCACGAUCGGAACUGGAUGCGAGAAACUGCUGAGACUCUGGGCGUAGAGUUGGACUCCGACUAUAUCAGUGAAUCGGACGAUGACGAUAAGCUUUCGACCAGGAAACGAAAAGCGAAGGAUCAGAAAAUGGCCGCUAUGAAAGCCGAACUCAAGCAUCUCCUUUCUCAGCCUUUGAUUGCCAAAGGUGUAUCGACCAGAUAUAUAACAUCUGGGAGCAAGCCAAUCGUGGAUGACCUUCUUGCGGGAGGCUUCAAUGAAACCAUGGUAGGGCUAAAGAAGGCGGAAGCUGGAAGUGAGUUGACGAAGGCAAAGAAAAAGAAACCUGCUAUAGUUGCUAAGCCACUCGCCGCGGUUAAAAAGGAAGAGAUGGAGGAGGAAUGGGGUGGGAUCACAGCCUGA